AAGUCUGAAAGAAUCGAAUGUUGCGACAUUGUCGCAAAUAAAUAAUAAAAAAGCUGGAGAACGGCGAACGGAAAAACGCGUUUACGGCUAAUUUAAGCUUAACCGAUCAAGAAUUUGUUUAUAAUGUUGGAAUCGAUAUUGAUUUGUUUUUAAAAAAGCGACUGAGUAGUGGAGUGCUGCUCUUUCCACCUGUGAACAAUUAUCGUCGUUAUCUCAUCCAUCAAACAUGUGAGAACUAUCGGCAGCAAUACGAUCUUUUGACGUUUUCCGUGGGUCAAGGGCCCCAUCGACGCACAGUUGUUUGUUUUCGCAAUCAGCUUAUCGAUCCCAACGGUUUUGAAGCCCGUAAACAGCAGCAGCAACAACAACAACAGCAGCCCGUGAAAAGUUGGCGUAGCAGUAACGGAAGAAGCAGCAGCGCGAGCAGAAAACGCGUAACGGAACUGUGUAAAAUGGGCGUCAAGAAGCAUAUCAGCGAAACACCCUUAAGCAAAUCGAAUUCUGUGGAUCUCUAUAGACCGCCUGCACUAAGAAACAACAGCACUGAGGAAGCAACCGUAGCAUCAGCAGCCGCUGCAACGACGAACGAGACGCCAGACGAAGUUGUUGCAACAGAAGCAGAAGCCGACGCGGCACUAACAACAACCACAACAACAAUAACGACAUCGACAACUACCUCAAACGCUUCCAAAGGUUCACCCAACAGAGAGCAGCAGCAACAGCAACAACAACAAGCAGCAGCAACGAGACGCGAACGACGUCCCGACCGCGCCGUUUAUGUGCCAAGGGCACGACGCAGUCAAACGACGCCGCCAACGACAACGACAACUGCAGCAACAUCAGCAUUACCGAUGCCUAUGCCUCUGCCGACGUCGCCGUCUCUGCCAACGCCAACGCAAGCAGUAAUUGCUGCGUCUACGUGCAAUCCACAGCUACAGUCGCAGCUACAGCUGGAGCCAUUGGCAUUGCCAGUUGUAGAUACAAACCCGUCCAAGUCGGACGACAGCAACGCUCCAUCGGCAGCUUUAACCCAACAACAGGCAAAACCCAAGAAGCCGCGAUCGCGUCGUGAGCGUGGCAAGAAAUCUGCAGGUAAAUCUUUAGAGGCAGCUACGCUGCUUGUGAUUGCGCCCAGCGAAAACCAAGCGAACCAAGAAGAAACCACCACGCCGACACCAUCGCCGCCAGAAAACCACUGUGAUAAGGAGAUGAUGGCCGGAGCCCAACGAACAAAGUCUGGAGGCCACGGCAGUAAAAGCGGCCAGCAGCAGCAGCAGAAUAAACAGCAGCAAUCCCUGCGCAUCGAAGAUGCCAACAAUGUGACAACAACGACUGACGAUGCCAACAAAUGUGAUAAUGAAGUGCGCGAAUUGCAGCGAGCCUCCAAGGAAAUCAAUCGCAGCAAUCGUCGCAUCAUGAAACAAACCUUUGUAUCCGACGUGCUGGAGAUUCCCGAUAAGAUUGAGACAGCACCAAAGGUCACGGCCACAGCAACAGUUGCGACCGCGACGGCUUCUGCCGACAGCACCACCGAGGAUGAUGAGGAGGAGAACGGCGAUGAUUGGGAGAACAUGUUCGAUGAGAACGGCGACUGCUUGGAUCCCAAGAUAUUGCAGGAGCUCACCGACUCCGUGGGCAAGUGCAAAAUCGAGUUACCCAAAAUGGACUAUAGCGUUUACCAUAUUAAGCAAUCACUACUAAAUGAGGAGGAAUUUCCGCACGUGCUGGAGAUUUCCAAUUUUCCGGUUGAAUUCAAGACACCCGACUUGUUGAUGCUCUUCUCCAAAUACAAAGGCACCGGCUUUGACAUUAAGUGGGUGGAUGACACUCAUGCUUUGGCUGUGUUUAGCAGUUCUGAUAUUGCUGCUGAGGUGCUGACCAUGGGCCAUCCAUUUGUCAAAUUGAAGCCGCUGGCUGCGGCCACCUUAGAGUCCCGCCUCAAGGCCAAGAAGGCCGGUGCCACAUCGCUGCAGCCGUAUCGUCAGCGUCCCGAGACUUGCACAGCGCUGGCGCGUCGUCUGGUAUCGGGUGCUUUGGGUGUUAAACUGCCCACUGCACCGGAGGAUAGGGAGAAGGAACGACGUGUGCUUCGAGAAGCCAAAGAACGCAAACUUUUAGCUGCCAAACAGCGUGACGAGGUCUGGGAGAGCUAGGCCUUUGCCUUCUUCGUUAUGCAAUACAAUGCAAAACUUGCUGCAACAUGCAUUUUUCAGGGGCAUGCCCCACAUCAACUCUCACAAUACUUUCUCAAUCAAAGCUAGUACAUAACUACGUAUAAUUGAUAAUUUUGCAUACUAAAAAACCGUGUAUUUUAAAAUGUUCUCGCUUUCCGUGCAAUCUGCAUACAAAUUUUUGCUCAAUUUGUUGGAGUUUUUUGUUUUCGAAAUUGCGAAAAUGUCAUCAUAUAAUAUUAUACAUAAAGUGCAUAUAUUUAUUUGUCGUAGAAAGUAAGCAAACAAAAAAAAAACAUGCAUAAAUGGAAUACCUACAUGUUGUUUUAACUCCAAGCGUAAAAUUUUAUUUAUAA